AAGAAAGGCAACAGGCCCAAAAAGACGAGCUGGACCGUCUUACACACCACCUGUCCACAGAAAUGGGUAGAAAAAUACACACAGCACAGGAGGCAGGCGCCUCUAACUGGCUAACGUCAUUACCAAUCAGAGCAAAGGGCUUCAGCCUCAACAAACAAGAAUUUGUCGACGCCAUUGCUCUGAGAUAUGGCUGGCCGAUUGAGGGACUGCCUGAUCUCUGUGCAUGUGGAUCACCAAAUGAUGUCACCCACACCAUGACAUGUAAAAAAGGAGGCUUCGUCUGUAUUCGACACGAUGAAGUGAGGGAUCUGACAGCCAGCAUGCUCGGGGAGGUAUGCCAAGACGUCACUACCGAGCCGGCACUGCCUCCCCUGGACGGCGAACACCUUCGGUACAGGACAGCCAAUACCUCACAGGAGGCACGGGUUGAUGUAAGUGCCCGCGGAUUCUGGGUGCGCGGACAGCGGGCGUUCAUGGACAUCCGCAUAUUCGACCCGAUGGCUGCCUGUCACCGUGAGCUGUCCCUGCAAGCCGCCCACCACAGGAACGAGCAGGAGAAGACAAGGGCAUACGGUGAAAGAAUCCAACAUGUGGAUCAGGGCAGCUUCACCCCCCUCGUCUUCACCACAUCCGGCGGGAUGGGUCCCAGGGCCCAAUGCUUCUACACACGCCUCGCGGAACUAAUCUCAGAAAAGAAGCAUCAGCCAAGGAGUCACGUUGUCGCCUGGAUGAGGUGUCGCCUCUCGUUCUCCCUGCUCAGGUCGGCCAUCCUAUGUCUCAGGGGCACCAGACACUCUGGCCCAAAAGCCACCACCAUCUCCAAUAUGGACUAUGAAGCCACAGUGGUGGAGAGUGACAUUAGGGUGGGUCGGGAGUGACUUGAGUAGGGAAGGAAAGGGGGAUCUAGACGUAAUAGAUGAUAGGUGAUUUAGU